AUGUAUGAAACCUUCUCUUUGUUGGGCACAGUAUUACCCGACAUCCAUGGAUGUACACAGUGUAGUAGGAAGAGCUGGGACAUUAAAGCAACUGGCAAAGUUUACUGUGAAGAAGUUUUGAUGUUUCCUAUGAAAGAACUACACAAAGCAGUGACUCCAGGUGACAUUAGAGGAGAAGUUCUGAUAGACAUGUCUGUUGGUUGCAGCAUUCACCACCUGUUGCCAGUUUCUGAGUAUUUCAAAGAGAUCACUGUUCUAGAAUUCAGCGAUGCCUGUAUCAAGGAUCUGGAGAAUUGGGUGAAAAAAGGACACGAUGCCUUUGAUUGGUCUCAUGCAUCAAAGUUUAUGACGGAACUGCAAGGAAAAAGUGAUACGUGGGAAGAAAAGGAAGAAAAACUAAGAAAAAAAAUUAAACAAAUCUUGAAAUGUGAUUUCACCAAAGAGAACCCUACAGACCCCGUUGUAUUACCAAAAGCUGACUGUGUUCUGAGUUUAUACGUGAAAACUUUUAUCGCCAAAGAUCAUGAAACCUACAUUAACAACCUGAAAAAAGUCUCCCGUAUGCUAAAGCCAGGGGGUUACCUGCUAUUAUUUGUCCCAGUAAGUCCGUGUCAUAGGAUCCUGGUCAUAUGAAUAUCAGUCAACAUACAAAUCAUAUUUAAAGUCAUAUAUUGGUUACUGAGUUAUACCGCAGCA